AUGCCAGUGAGUUGCGGGAGGCGGCUCAGCGCGCCACCGACCCAACUGAAAGCGUUGCCGCAGCUUCGAGCUGUGAUACAAUGGGCAAUGCAUGCUCAGUCCAACAAGACAGUUGACAUUCGCGACAUACGAGACUUUUCCCUGGCUCUUGCAGGCUUUGUGGUGUCUGCUGCAGGCUUUGUGGUCUCGUACGCCUCCUCGGACUUUCGCAUGAAGCGUUUGGCCGUAAAGAAGUUCAUGGCGCUCUAUCGGCCGCCAAGGCCGAAGAGCAAAGUUGUUCACCGCGAGACCAUGACAGCCAUCAAGAACCGCGUUCAGAACUGGAAGCAGGAGGAGCAUGCGACCAUCGUGAGUGGCCGCUACAAAUGCGGGAAGACAGUGGCCGUGCAAGAGGCCUUGCGCGAUGUGCGCGGGGUGUGGGGCUUCACGAUCGAGGUGGAAGAUUGGAAGCCCGUCCUGUACCAAGAGCUUGGCGUGAAGGACUCCAACAUGUUUCGUGAGGUGCUUCGUUGUGUCCGCACCAAGUUGCAGAAGAAGAAGUAUGCAAACAACCUGACUCAAUAUCCCAUCCUGCUUCUGGACAUUCCUCGAAGCGCCAAAGGAGGUAUGGACUUGGUCUCCACCGCGGCGAAGGACAUGUCGAGUGAUUCGAGCUACAAUGCACCGGCACAUGCUGUGGUGGUCGCCUCGUCUGCUGCCUCGGCUCAGGCGUUUGAUGCCGGCGGCCGCAGAUUCGACAUCUGGGUGGGCGACAUGACCCAGGGAGAGGCGACAGAGAUGCUCGAGAAGCACGAUCACAAGUCGGACGCGGCAGAAAUCAUUAACAAGUGUGCUUUGGCAUGGAAUGCUUCAGGCGGCCUCCGCGCUGGUGAUUUGGUGGAUGCAUGCAAUGAUCUGAAGAAGGGAGAUAGUCUGAGCGACAUCCAGACGCGUUUCCAAGAGAUGGCCGUCAAGGACGUGGUGAACUUCAUGAGUCUCACGCUUGAUGGAAAGCCGGUCGGCCGGCAGAUUUUGAAGGCGCUGCUUCAAAGCUCAGGCGCAGGCAUUAGGGCAGUCAUUAAUACUACUGCGUAUGAGCCGAGCGAGAUUGCGAAGCUCAUUCGCGAUAAGAAAGCACAUGCCAUCAUAUGGCAUCCUACAGAUAUGCUCUACAAGUUUGCUUCGAGCUUGCACGCGAAAAUCGCCAAAGACAAGAUGGCCCUGAUUGACAUGCCUGGUGAAAAAGAUGUCCUGAGCUUGCUUUCGUAUUGUGCUGCCUCAUGGUGCACUGAUGUGUUAUUUGAUGUACAAUUACGUGUUCCUUUUUGUUUCGUAUUUCCCUUGGAAUAUUUUGUAUUCUCCUUGGAAUACAUUUAUGUUGCCACAGGAAUGUAUUCUCAGGUGCACUUUGCACCAAAACAGUUCAAAAUAGAAUGCAGUAUAUAA